UCUUAGUGUUUAUUUUGAUAACAUUCCUUUCCACUAAACUGUUCUGUGUGACUGGUCUCUAAAAACUCACUUCCAGCUGGGGCAACACUUCUACUAAGAGCCUCUUAUUGCUCAUUUGAGGACCUUCCAUCCUUUCUCUGUGGAGCAAAGUAGAUAGAUAAACCUAGGUGGUGCUGCCCAUCCUGUUUUUACUCCUUUUGACCAAAACCCCACCUAUAUUCUUGAUCCUUACUAGUGAAGGGAACAAGAAAGGAGAUGAGAUGAGAUCUGUGCAGGACUUGGAAGUGCUGGACCCAAAGGAGACAACAUUUAUGAAUGGAGGUCAACUAUAUUGGGACCCCCAGGAUCUGUCUAUGAAGGAGGGGUGUUCUUUCUUGACAUUACCUUUUCACCAGACUAUCCGUUUAAACCCCCUAAGUGCAUAUAUACCAUGCAGCAGUUUAGGUACCAAACAUAAAGAGGUUACCUUCCGAACAAGAAUCUAUCACUGUAACAUUAAUAGCCAAGGCGUGAUCUGUCUGGACAUCCUAAAGGACAACUGGAGCCCAGCACUAACCAUCUCUAAAGUCCUCCUCUCCAUCUGCUCACUUCUUACAGACUGCAACCCUGCCGACCCUCUGGUGGGCAGCAUUGCCACACAGUACAUGACCAACAGAGCGGAGCACGACCGGAUGGCCAGACAGUGGACCAAGCGGUACGCCACAUAGGGGCCUGCUGUCUGCGCCCCUGCCGGACCUGUGCAAGCACACUCACCAAGUGCAUCAACCCUACCCACCCCUCCAGACCUCCGUUCUUAUUUUCCUAUUUUUAUUAAAUUUUGAACUGUUUUGUGACGGUAUGUCAUUAUCCUUCCUUCUUCCCCUCUCCCCCUUUCUCCCUAGUUUUAUUUCCUUUUUGAUUUCUGUUAACUUGAAAGAUUUGAGAUAUUUUUCCCCCACCUCAUUGUGGAUGGGAACUUUUGUUUUCAGUGCAAACAAUGUUGAAUCUGUAAUAGUAAGAGCUUUCUUACAAAGCUUUGUAUUACGUGUUGUUUUGGGUUUUGUUGUUGUUUUAUUUUGAUUUUUUUUCCUUUUAUGUGAUCUUCAGGAAAACAUGUUCAAAAUUAUAUCUCGUUUCUACUUAAAUGUAGUGUUUAGGGUUAAUUUUUUGUACUGAAGUCUUUAUUGGUGGGUGCAUGCUACUGGGAACAAGAUUUUGUACAAAAGCUUCAAUCAGAAUCACUGUGCAUUACUGAGACUCUGUUUAUCACUAGCCUUCUGUCCCCCACACAGAAGACUGUUGCAUUGAACAAAAUAAUAUGUAUUUUGAUUUACUUAAAGUGCUUGUAAAUUUCUUAGGGACCUGCCACUUUUGACUGUGGAUCAGUUGAUGUACACUUGUAUUAUUAAAGCGCUCAAUAAAUCACUGUGGCUGAUAAAUUCACUUCUGGUAACUGGGAGCUUGCUUUGUGUCCUAGUGGCAGUGAGGCUUGACUAGUACGAC